UCAUUUUCAAACAAGCCUUGCCACUUAAAAAUGUUACCGUUACGAACCCAACACCCCAACGUCUCUUUCCAUUUUUAAACCUAAGCCCCAAAAAUUUUCUUGGAAUCUAUCAAAUCUUUCACUCACUCAUUCACUCACUCUCAUUUCUCGAUCAUCUCUCUUGUUCUGCAACACUUACAAUGGCUCUCAGACCCAUCGACAACGCUCUCCCAACAACAACACCAGAGAGACCCAAAAAGCAACCCAAGAUCGCUGUUGCAACCCAAAAGCAGCAAGAUCGUGCUGCUGUCGUCAAUGGCGAAAACCAAGUUCCCUUGCCCUCAUCAGGGGAUUCCACUGUUGACUAUGUCUCCUCGGACAACCUUAAACCCUUGUCCGAUCCCGAAGUUCAGAUUCAGAGUUUGAUUGAAGAUUUGAAUUCGAAAAAUUGGACCAAAGUUUGUGAGUCUCUGAACAAUGCUAGGCGAUUUGCGGUGUUCCACUCAUCCCUUCUAUUCCCUAUUUUGGGAAAUAUUGUGUUGGUGGUGACGAAGACAAUGAAGAACCCUCGUAGUGCCCUUUGCAAAACCGCAAUUAUGGCAGCUGCUGAUAUUUUCAACGCCUUUGGUGACAAGUUGCUUGACCCCGAGACCUCUGAUGCAUUUGAUGGCUUGCUGCUGCAGCUUCUGCUAAAAGCUUCCCAAGAUAAAAGGUUUGUGUGUGAAGAAGCUGAUAGGGCACUAAGCUCAAUGGUUAGUUCCAUGACCCCUCUUCCUCUGCUUCAGAAACUAAGGGUAUAUGUGAGUCACAAAAACCUUAGGGUCAGGGCCAAGGCUGCUGUUUCUCUCUCCAACUGUGUCUCAAAGAUGCAGGGUCUUGAAGAAAUGGAGCACUUUGGGUUGGCUGAACUGAUUGAAGUGGCAGCUGAUUUACUGAAUGAUAGACUUCCAGAGGCAAGAGAUGCAGCCCGAAGUAUUGCAACUGACGUGUAUGGGGCACUGACUAAGGACGCAGAACAGAAGAUGGAGUUGUGGCAGAGCUUCUGCCAAUCCAAGUUGCCACCAAUUCAUGCACUUUCAAUGUUGAAAAUAGUUAAGCCCUGAAAAGGAAAUGCUUUCUCUCUUAGUUUAGCUGUGUUUCAGCUCAUGUUUCUUCAUGAGUGUCAAAUUUUUUUUUUAUAUUCAGUGUUACCUUCUUGAGUAGCAAUAUUGAAAUAACAUUUCAUUCAGUCAGUUUGCUCCAU